ACAAAAUCGACCUGGCAACGCUGAUCUGAAUGCAACCACGGCAAGUGACAGUUGCUGUCAAACGUUGUUAAUGUUUUGAAGCGUAUAGUACAUAAAAUAGUAAAAAUGGAUCCUGUGGCUGGUUCUUCUAAACAACCUACCGAAAACGUUAAAUCGGUAAUCGAGUCAUUACUUAAAACGAAUAGUGAUCGUGUCAAGUUAGCCGACAAAACAAAAAGCAAGUCUGAUGUAUGGAAAUCGUUUCAAACGGUGGAAGUUGAUGGUAUAAUUGUGGACUUUGUUCGGUGUCGUAAGUGUGGAGUUUUGCUAGCGUGGAACAGUGAGAAAACUGGAACGAAUUCACUUCGCACUCAUGUCUUCUCUCAUGAUCGCGAAAUCAAGAAGACAGACGAUGCUGUUUCAAAUCAGGUGAAAACAACGACCUUCGUAGAGAAGAGCAGUUCCGCAGAUGAGGAGAUUGUGCGUCUAUACCAGUUUUUGGCGCUGGGCUCUACAGCAUUCCUCGCGAUGGACUUCGAUCCCUCUGCGUAUCACUGUGCGAUAUGCUUAUUCCGAGCGCACCCGGUCGAGACGCUGUCCGAGCUAACGAUCGCAGCCGUCAUCGGACGAGGUCGCCCCAUACCGGCACUUCCGCUACUUUCGAAGGAAUGUCGCUACAAGGGAAAGGUGUUUACCAGGCGUUUCAAAAAAGAUAACUAUCUUCGUUACGAUUGGCUUACCGGUUGCGACAUCGAGAACAAGUUGUUCUGCUGGCCAUGUUACAUCUUCAGUUCCGAUCCGACCGAUACGUGGGGCUAUAAGGGCUUUGAUGGGUUGAGCAAUUUUAGUAAUUCGGUCAAAACCCACGUGAACCAAGAUAUGCAUCUCGUGAACACCGAAAAAUACAACUACUAUGCGGUCGACGGAAAAAAGAUAAGCAUGGAGCGACCUCAUCAGUUUUACAGUUAUUCUGGUCGAAGAAAGAUUGAGGAAGCGUUACCAAUGUCUUCGGCGGUUCAAGGGCCAGAAGAUGUUGCAGAUGAUGAGACCGAUGCCCUGCAACAGUCCGAUCUGAUGGUGGAAUUGUUAGGAGAGAAUAAUCAGGGAGAGGCCUGUAGCGCAAGAGAUACGGUGGACAUGUCCAACGGCACCGGCACAGAAAAGUACCAACUCAAGUGGCACUCUCAUCAACAGAAUCUCAACUCGUCGAUCUCUUGUCUUUAUAAAAACGACCGGUAUGCAGAUGUAAUGCUGAUAACCUGUAAUAAUGAGGAAAAUUUCUCGAUAGCAGCCCAUAAAUUAGUUCUAGGAACAUCCAGCUCGUAUUUCGCCAACAUCUUUGAAAAGAAUCUAACCCCACCGAAUGCCAUGACCUACAUCGUUCUACCACCGGAACUGACCAGACGUGCCCUGCAGACGUUGAUUCAGUACAUGUACACCGGUGAAUCGACGGUGUCGGUGGACAUUCUCAACGAGGUUCUAAGGGGUGGUGAGCUACUGAAGAUACGAGGACUCUGGCGAAAUCCUGGAGGAACAACUGAAGGAGCAACCACUUCGGAAAACACUGCUCCAACCAGCGCACAUGGUCGUCAACGGACGGAACGGAUUUCCGUCGACAGAAUACCACUUCAGGAACCACGGGUAGCGCAAAACCCGGUACCCGUGCAUGACAGUCCUGUGAUCGUGACGAAUUCGUCCAAAACUUACGGAAUAAGUCAGUCCGCUCAAACACCGGCCAGUUCAUUUGCACCGAUUAUCAACGUCAAGAAGGACGUCGCCAUCGAUCCCGGUGCCGAACGAUGUAGUUCAAAACGAACUUAUACGAUAGUUAAUCAGGAAAAUAGUCCUCAAACACCUCGACAACAUAACAUCCCAAGACUAUCGCCCUCGAGAGCGGUUCUUUCUAAUGCAGGAAAUGUUCCAAACCCAGCGAACGUCGUUCAAACGAUGCCGGAAGAAUUAAAUUUCCUGAACGUCAAAGAAGAACCGGUAGAGUGGACGGAUGUUGGCGCUAAUGAAAUAAGUCUUGACAAAACAGGUCUCCCACUGGUGAAAGUAGAGCUGAAAGAAGAUGUAGUCACCGAGGGUGGCAGCAUAGGACAAAGCCAGGAACAGGUGUACUCUCCGCUGACGUGCGAACUGUGCAGUGAAACUUUCACCGUGCCAGCCGAGUGGGUUCGGCAUAUUGAAAGUCACACGGAUACUUCUCAUACGGCCACAAAACGUCGACGACGAAUUGGAAACGACACGGACGCAGACGCAACGGCCGCAUUGAAGUGCGACCUGUGUGCGAUGUAUUUCGUUACACCUGCCGAAUGGGUUCGCCAUGUGCAGAGUACGCACACCGAAACGGAACUAGCUAUGUCCAACAAUAGCACGCUGCCCAGGCGGAGUAGCAAAUCCUACGGCGGUUCCGAAUUGCAGCACCCCCAAUCGGCUACGUUUCCCAUGUCCACGGCACACCAGCAACCACAGGAGCGGACCUGCUCCGUUUGCAACAAAGGCUUUCCAUCCUACGCCAGUAUGAUUAUUCACAAGCGAACGCACACGGGCGAACGUCCGUUUUACUGCGAAAUCUGCAAUAAAGGAUUCAACGUGAAGUCCAACCUUUUGCGACACAUGCGAACAUUGCACAACCAACAGAGCAGUCAAUCACCGACCCAGGGCGACCCGGACAGUCACAGUUCCAACGACUAAACCGACGACGUGGACGGAAAUGGCCGCCACCCGCUAGAUAGUGUAUAUGUUAGAUGUUUUUAAUCUUAGGUAAGACCUAAUAUUACUGUGCAGCGAAAGAGGAAACAUUUUUUUAUUUCAAGUCGAUCUGCUCAACUAUCCUUUUGUACAGUGUAACUACCAUAAAAUGGGCAGUUUAGUAUUCAGACGUUCAGCGAAAGCCAAACGAAAUCAAUUCUCUGUCUCUUUCUCAACUAUCCUUAAGGCUUCCUGUAGCACUUUUUGAAAAGCCAUUCCUCUGAUCAUCGAAAAAGGGUAAACCAUAGCGUAGCGGCUGGUGAUAGAAAGAGGGACAUUUUUCUUUUCUUUCGAACUAGUGUUUAACUAUUGCUGACAUUUUCCGUAAGUAAAAGUUAAGUAUAUAUUUAUUCGUACAAUCGA